AUGGAAACAGCAAGCUCCGACGCUCGUGAGGGAUCUGAUUCGAGACCAGAAAGAAGAGAGGUCCCUGAACUGGUCACUCGUUACAUCAAGCAGCUGAUCGACGGCUGUGGAAAUGCCGCCUGCAAAGAAGUCUUAUGUCGUACUGGAAUUCGCAACACCAGCAACGGCAAACCUAUUCGACAGUUCACUACUCGCUCAGCAAGGACGAUUGCUGUUUCGAUAUGUGCCGGUCCAAAUCCCAGAGCCCACCUGUGCUCGCACGCUACACCACGCUCUACGGAUGAGAUAAGAAGUUUUCAAGAAACCCAAAGUCCCAGCGACCCUUCUUCUCUCGACCAACAACUCUCAGAUACUCGAAGCUUCAAAUUACUACAGGAGCCUGGAACUCUCUGCAGUAACACUGAAGAGCUCAAGAAUCAGCAUGACCGGGUGUCCAGACUUCUUGAAGCAGCCCAACAAGAUCCCUCUACCCAGCCAGAAGGCUUCCUCUCGAAUGUCACCCUUGUGGAUGGCCUAGUCCCCUGCGUCGAAUGGCUUCUGGCAAAGCUGCCACUCCAUCGGCCUGCUUCAUUCACAAUGGUUAACGACCUCAUUAGCAAAGGCUACGCAUACCCAACAAAGAAUGCAAGCAUGCCGGUGGACGACAAACUCAAUAACUGGCUUACGAUCCUCGACACGAUCCAUCACAAGCCGUACCUUCGACUGCUCGGUCGGAUCGUACAGGUAAUAGCCGCACGCCAGGCAGUUGAACUAGGGUUGGAAAACAGCUACCCAGACUUCUGGCUCGAGAGCCGGCUAAGGCCACCCUCGACCCACUGUGCAACACUCUUUCUGUCCCGCUUUUUUGCAAUGAAAGAUCCAACACCCAAAACCUUCGCAUUGGUCGUCUGGCUCAAGCGUCUGGCCGCUGAACACUGGGACGGUCGACCCGAAGUCAAAGUCGGGUCCAUCUGCGUGGCGGUGUGGGGAAUAAUCACUGGUGUUGCUAACAGACCACAGCGGAAAGAUCCAAACUCGAGCUUAGACCUGUACCAGAUGCCGAUGAUAUGGAUACGGCUGUCAUCAUCGGAGCUGGUGCACUCCUUUCAACAGAACCUCUCUCGUGGGGUACGGAAGCAGUCAUGCCAUGUUCUUGAGUUCAAGGCAUUGUUCUCCAUGAAACAGCUCACGCUUUGCUUUCGACUGUUCAAUCAUUUGAAAAUGAGGGAAGCGAAUUCUAUCAUUGAAAAGUCGAUCAAUCUGAUGAGACGAUAUGAUUACUUCCCAGAUGAGCAUCUCAUGUCAGAUCAGUCGAAACAUGCGACAAAACACUAUCUAGUAUUGUUUGUCAGCCGCGGAAAUGUACUCGAGGAUGCAUUCGAUCAACUGUGGCAACGGCGGAAGGACGAACUCAGACGGCCUCUGCGAGUCCGCCUGGGCGAAAUUGAGGAGCGCGAAGUUGGCCACGAUCUUGGUGGUGUCCAAAUCGAGUUCUUCAAUCUUGUGUGCAAGGCAAUAUUCUCUGUGGAAGCGCAGAUGUUCGUCACAGACGAGAAGAUCGGUAUCAGUCAUUUUCAAUCUGGGAGCCUUCAGCCUCUUCACAUGUUUGAACUCUUUGGAAUACUAAUUGCUCUUGCGAUAUACAACGGAGUUACUCUACCGAUCAGCUUGCCGCGAGUCUAUUACCGAAUCCUGGCUGGGUAUCCUUCACCCUCAAACGUUCAGCACACUAUCGACGAAAUCCGUGACUGUUGGCCAGCUCUUGCAAGUUCAAUGCAAAGCAUGUUGGACGAAGAUAUCCCAGGCCUCGAAAUGGCAUACCCAUUUGAAGCCAACGGCAUCCACAUGCAGACUCUCCUGCCCGUUGGUCACUACAGUGAAGAUCCAGUCAGGCAAAGGAUCCCCCUGAGAGUCACCAGUACCAAUCCGGAGAUGGAUGUAAACGACAUCUCUAAUGAGAUCCCCGGCUGGCAGCUGGAACGAGUACCGUACGAGCCCAAGGAAGUCACGUCCCUGAACAAGGAAAGCUACAUCACAGCUUACGUCCUGCACACCUCCUACUGCUCAGCAAUGCCCCAAUGGCAGGCAUUCGAACGAGGAUUCUGGAACAGCGACCUCAUCGACAAGCGCCACCUCCGCCUCUUCUCCCCCUGCCAACUCAAAGCCCUCGUCGAAGGCACCUCGAAACUCGACAUCGCCGCCCUCCGCGCCGUCACGCAAUACGACGGCUACAGCGCCAACGACCCCUACAUCCACAUGUUCUGGCGCGUCGUCGGCAGCUGGUCCGAGCCCAAGCAGAAGCAAUUGCUCAAGUUCGUCACGGCGGCGGAGAGGAUCCCGAUUACAGGGGGGUUGACGUUCAUUGUUAAGAGGUAUGAGAGCGAGAAUUCGGAGAGGUUGCCGACGAGUUCGACGUGUUUUGGCACGUUGAUGUUGCCGAUGUAUCGGAGUGAGAGGGUGUUGGGGCAGAAGUUGAGUCUGGCGUUGAGGUAUGGGAGUGAGGGGUUUGGGACGGGGUGA